GCGGGACGUGCCCCAUGGCGGGCGAGAAGCCCGGUGACUCGCCGUUUCUCUAGGGCCUGACACAAGUGACGCCACACGCAGGCGCUGCCCAGCCCCCCCUUUCCCCAGUCCCCGCCCAGGCCGAGGCCUCUCCAGCUGUCACGCGGUUCCAGCCCCCGCCCGUCCCUCGCCAGGGCCAGCCGCCAGGCAGGGAAGUGUCGCAACGCCUGACAGGAAACUUUGCCGUGGGUACGACAGCGGCGGGCUCGCUUUCCGGCCGCUGGAUGAGUGGAGAGUGGGAGCCGAGGAGGAGCUGACGAGACGCUGGGGACAUGGCCGAGGUACCUCCCGGGCCGAGCAGCCUCCUGGCCCCGCCGGGGGACGCCCUCUCCCCCUUCCCCGGAGGAGGGGGGGCCGCCGCCUGCCCCGGGGCCCUGGACGAGGAGGAGGAAGAGGAGGGCGGCCAGGAGCAGCCGCGAGGCGGCGGCGGCAAGGGGGGGCCGCAGCCGCAGCAGCAGCACCGCCUCCUCCUCCACCACCACCACCACCCGCCGCAUCACAACCACCAGCUCAACGGCCUCAUCAGCCCCGAGCUGCGGCACCUCCGAGCCUCCCUCAAGAGCAAGAUCCUGGGCUCGGAGGGGGCCGAGGGGCCGGAGAACAAGCGAGCCGGCAAAACAAUAGGCUCCGGACAGCCGCCGCCUGCCGCAGCCCCUUGCUCGUCCCCCCUCCCCAACCACCUCCCGGAGCCCCAGGCGAGGACUGCGCCCCCGGCAGCCCCAGGGGACAGGAGCCAGCCUGCGACUGCCACUGCAGCCCGCAAUGGACUGGCUGGGGGGCCUGGCCUGGAGGAGGACGAGCCGGAGGAGGAGGAGUCCCUGCUGCUGCUCUCCACAUCCUUAGCAGCCGCCUGCAGUUUGAAAGGCUCGGGGACGGACUCUCCUCCCGAGGAGGACCUAACGAUACGAUACGUGCGGUAUGAGUCCGAGCUGCAGAUGCCCGAUAUCAUGAGACUGAUCACCAAAGAUCUGUCUGAACCCUACUCCAUUUACACGUAUAGGUAUUUUAUCCACAACUGGCCACAGCUUUGCUUUUUGGCCAUGGUAGGUGAGGAGUGUGUAGGUGCCAUCGUCUGCAAGUUGGAUAUGCACAAAAAGAUGUUCCGCAGAGGUUAUAUAGCCAUGUUAGCAGUGGAUUCCAAAUACAGAAGAAAAGGCAUUGGUACAAAUUUGGUUAAGAAAGCUAUUUAUGCCAUGGUUGAAGGAGAUUGUGACGAGGUUGUCUUGGAAACAGAGAUCACAAACAAGUCUGCUUUGAAACUUUAUGAAAAUCUUGGUUUUGUGCGAGAUAAGAGGCUGUUCAGAUACUAUUUAAAUGGAGUUGAUGCACUGCGUCUUAAACUGUGGCUGCGUUAAAAGAAACCAUCACAUCAAUCAACUGACUUCCCAACAACACAGAGUUGUCCUUUGCAUGCAAUGCAAUUUGUACAGAAUUGCUUUGCAGGUGGACUUUGUAAUUUCCAUGCAGCUCUUAUCUGUCAGUGUCUCAUUGAGUGUCGCACAUAUUUGUUGCACUUUGGCAUGGCGCAUUUGUUCUGAAUUAAAACAGAUUGUUUCAAACUUCGAGUUCUUUUGGUACCAGCAAGAUGUGCCAGUUGAUAGCCAAGAUAUGUUCAUUCAUUUGCAAGUCUACUGACUGUAUUACAUACAUAGUGAACACUUGAUCAAAGAAACUGUAUGUGGAACGCAACGCUUGGUUCCAGAAAAAAGCCAAUGUAGAUUGUAAAAUUCUAUAAGUAUACUAACAUUUCAUACAAAACUUGCCAUAGUUUUCUGGAAAAAGGCUUCAAUUUUAGGUUUUAUUUUCAAUAUUGACUUUUCCAUUCUUAAAUAUUGGUACCUCAGUGAUUAGUGAAUGAAAAAAUGUAUUGUAGGGUGGGGUGUGUGUUACAAUGAGUAACAGUAACAAUUAAAUUGCGUCUGCCAGUGCCUGUAUAGAUAAGUAUAUUUGUCUUCACCUCUAAUUUUUGAGUGCAUGCUUUUUUUUCUUUUACUUUUUUCAAUUGUCUUUGCAAGCAAACUUCUGCUUUUAUUUAAAUUCUGAAUUUGAUAAUAAAUUAUUUCAGAUUUUUAUAAUUUGGAUACUUCUCCCAGAAAAGGGUUUGGAAAGCCCGUCUUUUCUUAUAGCAAGAAGUGUUAAGCUAUUUUGAAAAACCUUGAGUAGCUGCUAAAAAAAGAACCUGAUGUCACCAGUAAAUCUCUGCUGGUUUUGGAUGCACUUUUUCUUUAAAAGAGGGAUUUUAAAAAAAUAUAUAGAAAAUUAAUGUAAAUUGGUAUGAUUUUAUUUAAUCAAAAUUAUCACUAGAAGCUCUGAGGAACAGCUUUUUUAAAAUAGAACAAUUUUUUUCACUUUGAUUUGGAUUCAGAUUGCUUUGCUUCAGUGUUCUAAAAUGCUUCAAUCUUCGGUUCUAGAUCUUUGAAAUAAAUGUCAAGGUGUAUUGUAUCCAUUUUUAGCUGCUCUCACCUUCUCAAAACUUAUUUGAGAUAAGUUAUUUGGGGAGGGGGGGGCUUUUUUUUUCCGCCCUGCCCCUUUAAAAUAAAUGUAGCAGGGAAGGGACUUCCCUUUUUUAAAUGGGAUACAUAGGUCUUACCAAAAGCCGUCAACUUGUUCAGCGGUAAUGCUGUGUUUAUGCUCUCCUGAUUGACCAGUGUGAUAUAUGACCAACUUUAUAAAUGGAUUGUAUUUCAUCCUGAAAAAAGAUGACAUUGGUUUAUUUAUAUAAAUGGAAGAACCUAGGCAACCCAUGGAAAAAAAGAUGAACUCUCAAUGAGUCUGCUCUUCUGUACUGAGUGUAAUCUUCAGAUUUGCCUUAUUACACUGUGUUUUUAGGGUUUGGUUAGAGUCAUGUUUUUUAAUUGUUAUAAUUACUGUACAUUUAAAAACCCUACCUCCUGUAAUGUUUGGAAAAGAUCCCCUUGCAGGAAAACUGGAUUUAAAGGAAAGCCAGCCUUAUUUUGCACAGACAAACGUUCACAUGGUGACAGGCAUUUCUCACCAUGUACAAAUUGUGAAUUGUAUUUGAAAAUAAAGAUUUUUUAAAAUUAAAA